AUGUCGUGUGAAAUUCAUCGGUUCGUGACACGGGCUUUUAUAACGUGUCUUAUAUGUCCUGUGAUAACUACUCUUCUUGUUUUUAUCUCUUCUCCUUCAAGUCAUUAUGCCUGGGUUCAACUAUCACUUCAACCUCUCUUGGUCGUUCUAUGGUCUUUGUUCUUUGUCUUUUGGAAUUAUCAUUCUGAUCAGAUGAAUCAUUUAUUGUACUGGGCUCAAUAUGCCAAUCUCAUUACCUUUAUCUCUGUAGCCCCAAUACCAAUCAUGUUCGAUACCCCACUUACUGGAUACCUGUAUACUAUCGUCAUAGGUCUUCUCUCUGUAUGCUCAGUCCUCUUUUACAUCGCCCGUCGCUUGAUCCGUGCCAAUGAAUCUCAACAACUUUGGUUCCAACAGCAUCUUCGUGAUCAACAUAGUCUCGCUCAACGUCAUGUCAACAAUCAGACUUCACGUUAUUCACAACAUCAUCUUGCCUUUUUAUCCACCAUCACCAAUGAAAUUCAGGAUGCUGCAUUGAUGGUUCUCACCACACUUGAACAAUUCUCUCCAGGUAUUAUUCUCGCCAACUCACAAGAAUUACUCAGUGCUUGUUCGAUCGCCGUCCCCAUCACCAGUAUAUCCGCUAUUCAUACCACUAUCAAACAUGUCUGUCAUGUGAGUUCACAAUUGCAACUUCUGUCUUGUCUUGUCCGGGAAAAUAAUUCUUGUUUAUACGAUACCAAUCUUUCUUUGGAUACCAUUGCUUCUGAUUCGACUGUUUUUCCUUGGCAACCAACUUAUCAUCGACAAUUCUUUGACAUUGGUGAAUUAUUACAAAACGUAGGUGAUGCUUUGGCUGGUAUGGCUUCCAAAUUGGAUGUUAACUUGGUGAUAUAUCAUUCUGACAAUAAUUUACAUCAUACUCCCGUGAUUGGUGAUGAAGCUUCCUUAAGACAUGCUUUACUCAAUUUACUACGAAAUAUCUUGGAAGGUUGUACUCCUGGUGCCUGUAUUGAAUUAGGAUUGAAUCUAAUGACAGUGGAAAACGAUACCAAAAAGAUGAACGUAAUGUUUGAAAUUAUACAUACUUCGUCACCUGCGAUUCCGGAUCAUCUUUUAUCGACAGCUCUACUUUUACCAAAUGCCAACCUGACCGCUCAAUUGAUUCGUUAUGUUAGAGGACGAUUAGCAAUACAUCAUCUUACAAAGACUCGAACACGCUUUGACAUAACGAUGGAAAUGGAUCUUGCUAAUAAUACCAACAACAAUACCAACAAUAACAUCGACAAUAUGGUCACAACUUCAUCAACCACACCAUUUCACAAAUCGUAUCACCAUAUCAAAUUUGCUCAUGAACCUAGCCUGAAAGAUCUAUCAAAGUUUAUGGAAAAUCUCAAAGGACUCAAGAUGGUACUACAUGCCAAAGAACAAAGUGUUUUUGCCAAACAUCUGACAGGAUGUCUUGCUAGUUGGAAUAGCGAUAUCAGCCAUGUACCAGUUUCUCGGGUGGAUGAUGAUGAUAUCUCAUUGACAAAUGAUGCUAGUACACCAGGAUCUGAUGGAAAUACAAGUUCAUCAACAACCACAUCCACCAAUGGAGCAGCCACUGGAACAGAAACAGCAACAGCUAUGUCUUCACCACGACCCGCCAAUACCACACCUCCUGUCCCAUCUCCUGCUACUGAAGAAGAACAUCUCCUCUCUAUUCCACCAGCAUUUAUAUUGAUUGAUGAUCAUAUUUUGACUUUGGAAAAGAAACUUUUGGAACUUCGAAUUGCUGCACCUGUUACAACCAUGUCGAAUACACAAAAGCAACAACAAUCACAUCAUCAUCAUCCUCAUUAUCAUCCAUCACAUCAACAUCAUCAUGGUCAGACCACAGCCAUCAUUCAUUUUACAUCUUUGAACAAUUACAAACGCGUACGUGAUACUAUUCAAUGGGCAACAACUCUCGCCACACCUUAUCCUAUGCCAAGAAUUGUAGUUGUUCCUAAACCAGCAGGUCCUCGACGAUAUUUGACAGCUUUCCAUAUAGCUUGGCACAAUGCUAUGGUAGAACCUCAUUUCCUUCCUAUUGCGACAUCUCCUAGUAAUCCAGUUCCUACUGCUUUAUUAUCAUCCAUGCUGUCACAAAUCGACCCUUCCAAUGUUACGCCUCCCAAUGUACAUUCAUCUGGUAGUAAUGAUCAGCAACUUUAUCGACAAAAUGAAACGACGGGUCAUCAUCGCUCAACUUCACGUCGUCCUGUUAGUGGUGCUUAUAGUCCCUCAUCUCUUCAUCAAUUCCAGCAACACGAAGAUCUUGGUAAUAGGUCGAACAAGGAUGAUAAUAACAGUAAUGAAGGCGCACCAACGACAGAAAAUGACAACAAUAACAACAAUAACGACAUUAACACUGAUAAUAAUAAUGAUAAUAGUAAUAAUAAUAACAAAACCAGCUCUACUUCACCAACAUCCAGUGAACCCACCUCAGCAACACCCAUUGAACCAGCCAAACCUCUCUCUCGUAUGGCCAGUAUCAAACUGAAUAAGAAAAGAAGAAGGGAAAAAGGUACUCCAUUUGCAAAUGUGGUCAGUCCACCUAUCAAUGUAUUGAUUGUUGAAGAUAAUAUGAUCAAUCAAGCUAUUUUAUCAGCAUGGAUGAAGAAACAUAAAAUCAAAUUCUCUGUUGCCAGUAAUGGUCAAGAAGCAAUGGACAUUCAACUUCCAGUGAUGAGUGGUAUAGAAGCUACGAAAUUGAUUCGAUCGAUUGAAAAGGAACAAAAAAUAGGUGUAUUACCAAUGUCAUCAUCAUUCCUUCGACAACAACAACAACAAGGUAGUGAUGGUUUAGAUACAAUUAUGGAAGGUGUUGUGGAUGUGAUACAAGCCGAAACAGCAACUGAACUAGCGAUAACAACGACAACAACACCAUCAACGUUCCGAUCACCAGUGAUUAUAGUUGCAUUGACGGCAUCAUCAUUGGAAUCCGAUCGACAUGCAGCAUUAGCAGCGGGAUGUAACGAUUUUUUGACGAAACCUGUUAGUCUUGAAUGGUUAGAAAAGAAAAUCAUCGAAUGGGGAUGUAUGCAAGCAUUGAUUGACUUUGAAGGCUGGCGACGAUGGAAACGAUCGGCACAUGAUGACGAUGUAUCUUCUUGGGCAAAGAAGGUGAAUCAGCAAGGGGGUGGGGAACCUUUGACUCCUUCAAGUUCAUCCUCCUAUCGUGCAUUUGGUCCUCCUGUUUCUCUUGGUCAUGAUGGUGGCAGUAACGAUAACAACAGUGACAACAGUUAUCAUCGUGGACUUUCAGAUUGUAUGGUGAUGGGACCCAAAGGUAUUUUACUUCCUGGAGCCAUUGGAUUAAGCAAAAGACGAUUCUCUACUAUUGAUAAACAAGCUCUUCGACGUCAUCAUACUUCUGCUGGAUAUCAUCGUCAACAACAACAACAAUUACUUGGUCGACGUACAACAAUCAUAUCCAGAUGCUCACAACAACAACAACAACAACAACAACAACAACAACAAAAAAGUCUUAGUGAAACAACAAAUAACAAUGGUCGAAGAAAAAGAACAACCAAAAAAGCAGUAUCUAUGGAUGAGUCGAUGCGAUCAAACAUGAUUGGUUUUUCAUAG